AUGACACAGAGACAUUUCGCAGUCAGAAAGACGUGCGAUUGUGGGGCACCCACAUCGACGGCGUCCUCUUCGCUGUCGUCGCUCGCGGCGGCUGACCCGUUCCGGCAAUAUGUCGCCUCCGAGAAUACACCGGGACGCCGCAAGGACGCUCUGGAACAAAACCAUGCGACUUACGCGAAUGUUUGA